UAGGGUUCUAGACCUAGUUCUACUACCAUUACCAUGGAACAAUCUAUAGACGUUUUGCCUGAAAGCCUUAUUCUUGAGUGUCUUUCCCGUCUUCACUACAAGGACGUACCUGCCGCAUCGCUUGUCUGUCAUAAAUGGCUCGAUCUUCUUGAAAGCCGUCAAUUUUACAGCCUCAGAAAACAGCUUGGACAUAUCAAUCACUUUGCUUGCUUGCUCCAAUCCCAUCCUCCUUCGCCACCAUCUUCUUAUGAAUCAAACCCACUUCCCCUUUACGUUAUCAAUGUUUUUGACCCUGUGAGUCGUGAGUGUAAAAUACUCCCCCCUCUUCCUAAUCCUGCAAUUCAGUUUGAUCAUGAUAGCGAGAUUGUUAGUUCAGAAGGGAAACUCAUCUUGAUGAACAAAUGUCAUGACCCUGUGAAUCGUGAACUGGGGAAUUCAUUAUUUGUGUUUGAAUUUUCAACCGGACGUUGGUGGCAAGGAAAGAACUUGCCAACAAGGAAAUUACACUUCGCCAUGGCUGCUACCGAUGAUUGCCGGGUAUUCAUUGCAGGUGGGCACCAAUCAGAAGAUGUUGACUCAGAUUCGGCAUGGAUGUAUGAUGUGAGGAAAGAUGAGUGGUCUGAGUUGCCUCGGAUCAUACAUGUUCCAGGCUUGAGCAAAGGUAAGGUAAUUGGGAACCAAUUCAUUGUUAAAACUCUGAGCAUGAUUGAUUUGACGCAGAGUGUUGAGACAUAUGAUUUUGAACUUGGAGAAUGGAAACAGGUUAAUGUUAAACAGUUGUGGACUAAACGAUAUGAAUAUUUUGCUCGAAUUGAAGAUGGGUGUAUGUUAAUUUGUUCAAGGAUUGACAAGAGGUGUAGACUUAAGUUUUAUAAACUACCAUUGGGUGAUCGAAGUUUAUUAAUUUAUUAUAAGAAAGGAAAUGGUCAACUAUUCUCAAUUUCUAUACAGGAGGAAGGUAAGAGGGUUAAAAUUGAGGUGCCUCAUCAGAUUUAUGGUGAUGUUUAUUCAAUGUGUUGUGUAGAGAUGCACUGAAUUUAUAUGGUUGUGGAAUUUGUGGGUAAUGUCCUGUUAUGUUAACCAACACAUCACAGCUUCUAAGUGAAUGGAAUUGAUUGUAGUUGUUCCAUUCUUUUCUGUUUUAUUUUAUGAUGUGCAGACUAAGUUAUUCAGAUGAUGUUAAUGAAUAUGGUUAGUCAAAUAUGGUUUGUAUA